AUGAGUAGUAUACCGGUCAAGCUACUCAAUGAGGCACAAGGUCAUAUAGUAUCACUUGAACUAACGACUGGUGAGACAUACAGAGGUAAACUAGUUGAAAGCGAGGACAACAUGAACGUACAACUGAGAGACGCUACAGUAACGGGAGCUGAUAGUAAAGUAACAAGGAUGAACCAUGUUUUUGUAAGGGGAUCGCAGAUAAGAUUCUUUGUGGUGCCAGACAUGCUAGAAAAUGCACCACUGUUCAAGACUGGUCCGCAAUCAAGGCCUACUCCACCAAUUCGUGGUCCCAGGAAAAGAUGA